UUAUUUCUCAGAUCAACAUGCUGAAGGAAGUUUGUUUUCUGUUGAUGGCCACAUACGUGGCAGCCACCUAUGGAACUGGUUAUCCUUCUAUCCCAUCAUUCCCCACCUAUCCCUCCGGUGGAUACAGGUAUAUCGUCUACAUCCAAUAUCUCUACUACCUGUACGUCAUAUAUGGACCCUACUCUGUCCAGUAUAUCCAGUACUACCAAUACUUGGUCCGUCUACACAUCAUCCCUCAGGGAUUCCGUUUUGGAAGUGGUGGUUUCCCUGGCGGUAUUGGUGGUUUCCCUGGCGGUAUUGGUGGUGGUUUCCCUGGCGGUAUUGGUGGUGGAAGUCAAAUUAUAGGUGGUGGUAGCGGUAUAACCCCUAUCGGAGGAGGAUACAUCCCAGGUGGCGGAUUUCCAUAUGGAAGUGGAAAUCUAGGAGGUGGUUUUGGAGGAAGUGGUAUUGGUGGUCUGUCCCUUGGCGGCAUUGGAGGAUUCCCAUCUGGUGGUGGUGGAUUCCCUCUUAGUAGCGGAGGAAGCUCUCUCAGUUUCUCCAGUGGCAGUUCCUUCCAAAGUGGCGGUCUUGGAGGUGGCCUUGAUGGAAUCGGAGGUUUGGGAAGUGGAAUUGGCGGUAUCGGAGGAGGUCUUGGCAGUGGUUUCGGUGGUGGUCUCAGUGGCCUCGGAGCUGGUUUUGGAGGUUUGGGAGGAGGUCUUGACAGUGGUUUCGGCGGCGGUAUAGGUGGUCCUGGUGGCUUAGGAGGUGGUUUUAGUGGAAUCGGAGGUCUGGGAGGAGGUUUUGGUAGUGGUAUAGGCGGCGGUCUUGGCGGUGGCUUUGGAGGUGGCCUUGGACACGGAGGCGGAAAAAAGCUAGGUUACUACUGAGAUGUUCUGAGACUAUCUGAGAUUGAUGCCGUAUUCGACUCUGAUUGUAUUCUUAUUUCUUCAUGAUUGUUAGGUUACGGAAUAAAGAGAUGAAACUCAA